AUGCAUGUCCACCGUCUCCAUCCUUCCCUCAAAAUAGCCAUGGCUGCCUAUCUCUUACUUCUGAUCAUAGCAGCUUCUGCAUUUUCCACACUUACCGCUGAUGUAAGCAUCGACUGUGGAGCUUCUGAAAUUUAUACUGAUGACUAUUCCAUCGAUUGGGUUGGAGAUGAUAACUACAUUCAACAUGGUGAGUCCGUAGUGGUGCAAUCUCGCAAAUCAGUAGCUCAAGCAAUGACCACUCUAAGGGUAUUCACUGAGAGGAAGAAAAACUGUUACUCCAUUGAUGCUGACAAGGGAUCUCAAGUUCUUGUCCGAGCCAGUUUUUUUAAUGGAAAUUAUGACAGGAAAUCAUCUCCUUCAAGUUUUGAUCUACAAUUUGAUGGGAAUCAAUGGACCACGGUGGGGACUUCAAGUAACGAAGUUGUUUCCUAUGAGGUUAUUUAUGUCACAAAGAGCGAUACCAUAAGUUUAUGUGUUGCGCAGACAUCUCCUAAUAUGUUUCCCUUGAUAUCAGCUAUUGAAGUUCGGGUCCCGGACAUGAAAAUGUAUGGACAUUUUGAUUCAAAAUAUGCUUUGAUGUUAAGGAGGAGUGUUGCUUAUGGCACCGAAGAUAUAAUUAGGUAUGUUUUGCCUUUCAGUGAUGUAAUUGUUCCUUUAGAUAAAGUUACUGAUUGGCUCUAG